AUGGGAGGAGCUUAAUCCAGUGGAUAAAGAUCAUUACUUAGUUGCUUAAAAUUUCUAAUAGAAGACAUUGAAUUGUAUGUAGAUGUUAAAAUACUAAAUUAACUGAAAGAAAUUUUCAUAAAAUUUCCAUGUCACUUUGAAAAAAACAGGUAACUUAAAUAUAUAAUAUUUUAUAGAAAGAAAGUAAUAAAAAUUCUUAGUAAGUCUAUUCCACCAUAAAUAACGUAAUUUGAAGACAUUUUACUUAACAAUAUAAGUUCAGUUUUUUAAUGUUCAUUAAUUGAUAAAAAAUACAAUAAAUAAAUUGAUAUUUAGAAAAUAGAUUCAGAUUUUGUUAGGAAUUUUAGAUUGAUGAAUUUUGAGUAAUUAAAAUCUAAUUAUGGUGGAUAAUAUGAGAAUUCAUUAAUAUUAUUAUUUUAAGGACUUAAAAGUUAUUGCAAUUUAGCAAAUUAAAUAAUUAAAGAACUUAAAGAUAAUAAAUUAGUGUAAUGUUAAAUUUAUGUAUUGAUUUGGGAACAUUUUUAAAAUCAUUUAAUUAAAUUUUCUAAGGAUCCAGAUUAUGAUUUGAGUCCAAUAAAUAAAAGUUUUGAUGAAAAAUUCUAUAAAUUAUCUCCAGAAUUAAAAAUUGAAAUAAUUGGUGCUAAAUUAUGGGGAUGUAUGGUUUAAUAAUUAGAUGUUGAUUUCAUACUAGAUGAAUUUAAAUUAGCUAGAAGAUCAAAUAAUUAAUCAUAAAUAUAAUUUAAUCAAUUCUUUAAUGCCAUAAUUGAUAUAAAUAUUGAUGUUGCUAAUUUAUAAUGGAUUGGAAGAAGUGACUUUUUAUUUUCAGAUUAACUUAAAGAUAUUAUUUAAUUCAUUCAAUAAGAUUCUAAAGAUUUAAUGAAUAAUUUAUAUUUUGAAUCACAUGGUGAUUUAUUGAUAUUUUUUGAAAAAUGGGAAAAAGAUAAUAAAUUUCUUAAAUCUAUAUUACCAUUAUGGAUUUGUGAAAAUUAUUUAGAUUGUCAUUUCUUUGAAUUUUGUGAAGAAAAAAUUUAAGAAAAUUUUAAAUUGCUUUCUUAAGUUGAAUAAAAAAAACUUAUUGAAUAAUAUUAAAAUUCAGAAAGUAAAUCUUAACAAGAAUCCUUUUAAUAAUAAUUAAAUUCAAAAUACUUUUAAUUUGAUGACUUUUUAUCUAAAAAUUCUGAAUAAAUCUUAAAUAAAAUGAUUAAAUGGUUGAAAUAAGAAAAAUAAUUUAGUAAUAUAAUGUUAAUAAGUGAAAGUACGUAAUAAGGAGGAAGUGCUGCAAUCAAUUAUCAAGAUAUUUCUAAUCAUGUAUUUGAUGAAAAUAAUUAAAUUGAAUAAGGAAAUUCCAAUAUCAAAGUAUAAAGUCUUAUCUAUUCAUAAAUUCCAGAAUCAAAUAUCUUAAAAGAAUAAGAAGAUGAAAUUGUAAGAAUAUGUAAAAAAUAUGAUUCAAUUAAAAAUAUCAUAUAAUCAAGUAUUGAAUAAAGAGAUGAAAACAUUAUAUUUAGAAAUAGAGGAUUAAAUCCUAUUUCAAAUGAGUUAAUUGACUUUUUUAGCUUUAUUAAACCAAUCAAUGAAAAUUAUGCUAUUGAAAUCAUAAAUUAUCUUGGAAAACAAAAAUUAAAAGAAAAACCAUUAAUAAGCAAUGCUUUAUUCAGCAAUAUAGAAUUUUCUAAAGGAUCAAUGGCAGCAGAAUUAUUCUCUUUUAUAAAAUGA